UCUGCAGCUAACAGUCGACGUACAACCAUCGAAAUGUUAAGGUUUAUCAGCGUCACACUGCUGCUCUUGUUAGUGGUGCAGCAGUCCACUGGACGGGAACCGCUGGUCAAAACUGAUUUGGGUAGUAUACGUGGUAGUGUCUUGAAAACUUUAAAUGGUCGUGAUAUAUUCGCCUAUCGUGGCAUACGAUAUGCACAGGCACCGACUGGUGAACGUCGCUUUGCAGCGCCCGUGCCCGUAGAGGCGUGGAACGAUAUACUGGACGCCACCGAGGAUAGUGCACUCUGUCCACAACCCGUCGCAUCGGUAGCAAUGAGUGAGGAUUGUUUGAAACUCAAUGUCUACACCAGCAGUGAAAUUGUGGGUGGUUGGCCGGUGCUGGUAUAUAUACAUGGCGGUUCGAAUAAGAUUGGUAGCGGACACAGUGUUUAUGAGGCGGGGCCGCAAUAUCUACUCGACGCUAAAGUGAUUUUGGUUACUUUCAACUAUCGUUUGGGCGCUUUGGGUUUCUUAAGUACACGCAGCGCAGAAGUACCGGGUAAUUUUGGCUAUCUGGAUCAGGUGUUAGCGCUACAAUGGGUACAGGCGCACAUACGUAACUUUGGCGGUAAUCCCAACAGAGUGACCAUAUUUGGCAUGAGCGCCGGCUCUAUGGCGGUGACAUUACAUAUGGCAUCACCAUUAUCAGCGAAUCUCUUUCAUCGUGCCAUCGCUAUGAGCGGCAGCGCUACCAAUGAAUACAUAAUCGACAAUCAACAUUGGACACGCAAAUUGGCCGAAGAGGUCGGUUGUCCGAAAUACAAUGCACAAGAUCUAUUAGAUUGUUUGCGCGCCGUGAGCUGGCAGAAGAUUAUCGAUGUGUGUGCCACGUGGGAACAUUAUGGUUUCAUCAAUAUGAAGUGGAAUUAUGAGAUCGAUGGCAAAUUCUUGUUGGAACAUCCAACGGAAACGUUCCGUCAUAACAGAACCAAUAAUGUGCCACUAAUGACAGGCAUCACCCUUGAUGAGUUAGACUUUCAUGUUUUUCAUCAGGAAAACAAUACCGGUUUGUUAAACGAUAUCAGUCAAAACUUUGCAAGCUAUGCGCCAGAACUUUUCUUGUAUAAAAAUUGGUCGGCUGGCAUUGAUAGUGAUGAGACUGUGUGGCGUGGUGAAAAACUGAAGGAGUUUUAUAUCGGAAAUAGCACAAACAUAACUCAGCGCAAUCUAAUUUGGUUUGGACGUAUCUUCUCGGACGCUAUUAUUGGUCAUGGUGUAUAUAAUUUGGUACGGUUGGCUAGUAGAAAUAUGGAUGUUUUCUACUACCGCUUCGAUUAUGUAAGCAACCCGAGCUUAAGACCUGAUCACAAUGGGAACGCCUAUGGCGUCGUGCAUGCUGAUGACUUGAAAUACAUUAUGCCAAGCACAUGGUACGGUACACAGUUUCCCAUACAAUCGCGUAAUAUAUUUAUGGUAGAGCGCAUGGUGCAUAUAUUCGAAACUUUUGCCACAUGGGGAUAUUUUUCACCGAGCAUCACAGUUAACUGGCCCAAAGUAGAUCCUGAUGAUAUUCGAACAUUCUACAAUAACGAUAUAAUGCGUGUGGGUUCAGCACCUAACCCUAAACGUUACGCUUUGUGGGAUGAACUUUUUGCGCAAGAAACUAGUGGCGCAAGUCAACUGCAACUGUCCGUUUUUCUUGCGACGCUCAUUGCAGGGGUUUUAACUUUAUUUUUGUAAAAAUGUAAUUGCGAAUAAAUUAAUUUAUUGGAGUUUUUAAUUAAAAAAUUAUAAA